ACGGACUGUCGCCGUAGAGCGAAGGAAGGAGAGGAGAGCGAAGAAGAGAGGAGGAGAAGAGAAAACACUGAAAUGGUCUAAAAGCUGAGCGAGUAAAACCCCAAGUGAGGGCAGCAGCGAGGAGUUGCGACGCAGGAGGAUUAUUCAUCUCUGUGUGAUUACUGUGAAAGCCAGGAAUCUCCCGCUUUUUCAUGCUGUCCUCACGGAGGUCUGAGCCAAUAACGGACUUAUUGGUCGGCUGAACCAUGCAGAGGCUGCUGCUGCUCCUGAGUUUGCUGCUGAGUUUUCAAACUGUGUGGACGGCGAGGUUCUCUCAGGAGCCAGCAGACCAGUCGGUGGUGCGGGGCCAGAGGGUGAUCCUGUCCUGUGUUGUCUUCAACUACUCGGGCAUUGUGCAGUGGACCAAAGAUGGGCUGGCUCUGGGCAUCGGAGAAGACCUGCGGGCCUGGCCCAGGUACCGCGUGCUGCGUGUGCAGGAGUUGGGCCAGUACAACCUGGAGAUCCUGUCAGCUGAUCUGUCUGAUGACUCCCUGUACGAGUGUCAAGCUCCUGAUGCCGCACUGAGGUCCAGGAGGGCCAAACUCACUGUCCUCAUCCCCCCAGAUGACCCAGUGAUUGAUGGUGGUCCAGAGGUGCUGCUGAAUGCAGGCGAGUCCUACAACCUGAGCUGCGUGUCUCGCGGGGCCAAGCCGCCGUCUAUGAUCGAGUGGCUUAAAGACGGUCUGCCUGUGGACGGGGCCGCCAGUAUUACUGAGGUGCUUCCAGACAGGAAGAGAGUGACCACACGGAGCUUUCUGCCCAUCCACCCCGUGGAUACUGACACUGGGAGGAACUACAGCUGUAUGGCCAGCAACCUGGCCAUUCCCACCGGCAAGAUCACAACUGUCACCCUUAACGUCCACCAUGCACCAACUGUGACCUUGUCCAUUGAGCCUCGCUCUGUCCUGGAGGGGGAAAGAGUCACCUUCACCUGCCAGGCUCACGCCAACCCUCCUAUCAUGGGCUACAGCUGGGCUAAGGGUGGCGUGGUGCUGCAGUGGGCCAGAGAGAGUGUGUUCACCACCAAGGCAGACCACUCUUUCUUCACCGAGCCCGUCUCCUGUCUGGUUUUCAAUGCCGUGGGAAAGACCAACGUCAGCAUCCUGGUGGACGUUCACUUCGGUCCAAUUCUGUUGGUGGAGCCGCAGCCAAAAACAGUUGACGUCGACUCCGACGUCACUCUCAACUGUAAAUGGGCGGGAAACCCACCUCUCACACUCACUUGGUUUAAAAAGGGUUCAAACAUGGUUCUGAGUAACAGCAACCAGCUGCAUCUGAAGUCGGUGAGCCAGGCGGAUGCCGGACAGUAUGUUUGUAAGGCCAUCGUCCCACGGAUUGGAGUCGGAGAGACUGAGGUCAUGCUCACAGUCAACGGUCCUCCCAUCAUCUCCAGUGAUCCAGUCCAGUACGCAGUAAGAGGGGAGCGAGGAGAGGUGAAGUGCUACAUAGCAAGUACACCUCCUCCAGAUAAGAUUGUGUGGGCAUGGAAGGAGAACGUGUGGGAGAAGGAGAAGGGGACACUCCUGGAGAGGUACACGGUGGAGCAGAGCAAGUCAUCGGCCGAGGGUGCGGGCGUCCUCUCCACCCUCACCAUCAACAACGUGAUGGAGUCUGACUUCCUGUCCACCUACAACUGCACCGCCUGGAAUGCUUUUGGCCCCGGCACCAUGAUCAUCACACUGGAGGAGACUGAGGAAGUCUCAGUGGGAAUAAUUGCUGGUGGGACCGUUUGCUCCACUAUCUUCCUGUUCAUCUUUUUGCUGGUCCUCGUUCUCAUCUUCUAUCGCCAGCGCAAAGGCAGUCGGCGCGGGGUCACACUGGGUAAGCCCGACAUCAAGGUGGAGACGAUCAACAAGGAGACCCACAGCUUAGAGGAGGACUCCGGCAGCGUGUCCACGGCUUCGCGCAUGGUCAAGGCCAUGUACUCGUUUCUCCCCUCUGUGUCCUUCUCUCCUUCCAAUCAGCCCUUUAAAGAUGACAUAGAGCUCAAGUCUGACCUCCGCAGUGACACCCUGGACACCCGCCAGGAGUAUGACCUAAAGGAUCCCACCAAUGGCUACUACAACGUGCGAGCCUCCACCCACGAUGAAGGCCGCCCCGCCUCCCGCUCCACCAUGCACUAUUCUGACUACCGCUCCCCUACAGGAACACCAGGGGGAGCUGCUUCUAUUAGCAGCAGUGCUGGUGGCUCUGGAGCCACAGCCAGCGGAGGAGCCCCUGGUCCCCCUGGACCCCUCACCUCCCCUGGCCGCCCCCAGGCCUGCUAUGACCCACGACCCCCAUCCAGACUGUCCCACAUCAGCUACGCCCAGUUCAACACCUUCACUCGUGGUGGCCAGAGCCAGCAGCCUCCUGCUAACCCUGCCCCCACAGCCAGCGACUUUCCAGGGGACUGCAGCCUCCUGGACUCCACCUCUCAGCUGGCCUAUGACAACUAUGGAUACCCCUCGCAUUACCAGACCUACCGCAUGGGUUUCGCCCCUUCCAGCUUAGCCCCACUGGAGGCUGGCCCGUCCUAUGAAAUGUAUGGGGUUGGAUCUGGAGUGGCCACUGGUGUGGGGUCCCCUGGUGUUGGGGUUGGCCCUGCGGGCCCAGCUCCCUCGGGAUCAGAGACUGGACUAGGGAAGUACGGCAGCUCUACUCGCUUCUCCUACACCUCACAACACUCUGACUACUCCCACAGCCGACACACACAGAGGAUGCAGACUCACGUGUGAGGCGGGAGAUGCAUAACCACCUCACAGUCUUAGCUGAGCAUGAGGAAGCAUCUUAUAAAUAGCGUCACACCUAAACACGCACACACUAUCACAGAUUUACAUGUACAUUUUCACACGCUAACACUCUACACAAACACAUGCACAGCUAUCAAACAUAAAAUAAAACACCACACACACACACACCCAUGCACAGACUCAGAAGACCAUGCCCGUGAGACAGGGAGGGUAAAAGAAACACAGAGGAAAAAAAAAGAGACGGGAGGGAGAAGAAGAAGGAGUUGUAGUGAGACAGGGAAGGGAAAUUCCACACAAUUUUAAAUUCCCUGACUCCCAAUGUGUUUGUAUAUCUGAGCUCUGAAAGAGCGGACAGCGCAAGUCACAAUCAAGACUGGGGGAAAAAAGAGCAGGAACGAGAGGAAGGAGGGGAGAUCACAGAUCUUUGGAGCCCGUAGCUUUUGCUAUGAAUCGACUUUGUAAAUGAUGAGCGAGAACGUCUUAAAGCAAACUGUCUGACUGUCGGAGACGGUUCAGAAAAAAACCUCAAACAGUGCAAGUCAUUUCUGGCCGCCAUUUUUUGUUUUGUUUUGCUGUUUGUCUUAUUCAAUGAUCAUUGAGCACAUAUAUCGUAUCCCGAAAUGCUCUUCUGUACAGUGGUACAUGCCAUCCUUCCUCUGAGGCAGCAUGGAGGAGUGUGUUGGGGCACUGGGUUGGUGGGCGGGGAGGUUUCUCAUCAUUUUGCACUGCAUCUACAGUAUUCGUGCUUGGACGUCCCUUAUCUAUAUCUGUGUAAUGUCCUCUUUUUAUUUGCACACCAGACUAGAGCUUUGUAUUCUAUUUUUUAACAUUACAGAAUUAUUUUUGUCAGUGUAAAACAUGUAAUGUGUAUGUAUGGACCAAAAGUUUUGAACGUUGGGAGCUUUCCUGAGUGAAACCCACUGAGACAGAGUUGUGCCAACGCCAGAGCCUGAAAUCAGGACAUAUUUUGCAUCUGAAGGGUAUAUCAGUGUAUUUAAGAAACCUAGUGCCAAGUGUUCAUAUUUUUCUUCACCUUAGACCAUGUAUAUGCAGUAGAAGCUCCUUCUAUUGGCAACUGUGGCUUUACAAGCCAGGCUUGAGGCCUUGAGUCAUUCCCAGACAUUUUCGUAGGCUGGAGCCUCUUCCUCUGAGUUCUUAACGACAAGCCUGGUGCAGACGGAGAGAAAAACACAGAUGUAGGGUUUAGAACUGAGUGGCCUUAUAGGGGAACAUGUCAUAUAUUUCCAUUUUCAAUCAUUCCUCAUCGUCUGUCUGCCAAAAAACACGGCCAGAGGAGAAUGUGUAUGGAGAGGUUCAUUGAAGGCUUGUUCACAAAAUUGACAUGUGUGUGAUCGUGAGUGCGAGUGUGAGAGAGAGAUGAAGAGAGAGUGUGUAGGUGUUGGCGCGCACAUCGAUUUGUACAGUGUGUUUGUAUAGAUGUGUGAAUGAAUGCGAGUGUAUGGGAAGGACUGCGCCCGACUCGAGUGAGCGCGACUAUUGUAUGCAUGUUUGUGUGUAUACGGUAUGUGUGUGUGUGUGUGUCUUCAAGUGUGUGAGAUGUGAGUUAGUGUAUACGUCCAUAUCAUUUCUCUCACAAUCCUGUUACAGUACUUUUAUACCUCUGGUAGGACUGUAUCCUGUAUUAUUGUGUCUUUGAAUUUAGGAAAAUCCAAUGUUUAUCUUAUUGUACUGUUCUUCGUAGCAGAGAAAACUGUUCAAAAGAUGUACAACGAACAUUAAACUCUCAUUUUUUAAUUUCA